GUAUAAUCUGCAGUCGAGAGAAUGGAUGACCCUGAGCAGCACUGUGAACACCGUGGGAAUCCGAUACGGGCAUUCGAUCGCCUUGCACCAAAACAAAAUCUACAUGUACGGAGGCAAGAUAGAUGAAAGCGGCAACGUAACCACGGAGCUCUGGGUCUUCCACAUCUCCAACCAUUCCUGGGUCCCCCUGGCGCCGAAGGCCAAGGAGCAGUACGCCGUGGUGGGCCACUCCGCCCACAUGGUCACCCUGCAGGACGGCACGGCGGUAAUGCUGGUCCUCUUCGGGCAUUGCCCUCUUUACGGCUAUAUCAGCAGCGUGCAGGAGUACAAUCUAGCCACCAACACCUGGAGCAUUUUACAAACCCGAGGAGCCCUGGUGCAAGGGGGCUACGGCCACAGCAGCGUCUACGACGAGAGCUCCCACUCCAUCUAUACGCACGGGGGUUACAAGGCCUUCAGCGCUAACAAAUACAGGCUGACGGACGAUCUGUACAAGUACGAAGUUCGUAAGUACAAGUGCUUGUGACCGUUGGGCGGUGCUUCCUCCACCUGAUCUCCCCCACGACAUCAACCGGUUCGGACACUCGGCUGUGCUGAGCAACAACACCAUGUACCUGUUCGGAGGCUUCAACAGCCUGCUCUUGAGUGACAUCGUAAAAUACACGCCCGAAAGCUGCGAAGCGUACGCCACUCAGCUCUCCUGCUUAAAGGCGGGUCCUGGACUCCGAUGUGUCUGGAACAGCUCCGUUUCCCAGUGCCUCCCUUGGGAAAUAUCCGCCGUGCAGCAAGAACACAAAACGAACGAAGAAUGUCCUUCUUGGCUGGCGGUGGACCAUGAAAAAUGCGACCAGAUUACCGACUGCUACAGCUGCACGGCCAACACCAACUGGUGCCAUUGGUGCACCGACCAGUGCCUCUCCAAGAACAGCAAUUGCUCGGAAGACCAGAGCCCCAUCACCUCCUUCGAAAGCUGCCCCAAGGACAACCCUGCCUUUUACUGCAACAAAAAAACCAGCUGCAAGAGCUGCAGCCUGGACCAGAACUGCCAGUGGGAAGCCCGGAAUCAAGAAUGCAUCGCUUUGCCUGGUAGGUUUGCGUUGGACGUCCCACCCCACCCCGGGGCCACAACACAAAGUUGGACAUCACUGCUUUCCUUUCUGGAGUCUAGAAAGCAGAGCCAGCCUCAUCAGAACCCAGGGCCGGCUCUCCUUGUCAGCCCCGUUCUUGCUUGUCAAGAAAACCAAGCACUGGGGCAGCCUCCGGAAGCCGACACUUGGAUGUCCAUGAGAAAGAACCAACACAAACUUUUUUUCUUUCUUUUGCCCCCAGCCUGCCAGUGUAACGGGCACAGCAAAUGUAUCAACGAGAGCAUCUGUGAGCGAUGUGAGAACCUGACCACCGGCAAACACUGUGAGAUGUGCAUCUCCGGUUACUAUGGAGACCCCACGAACGGAGGGAUGUGCCAGCCCUGCAAGUGCAACGGCCACGCCUCCAUCUGCAACACCAACACCGGGAAGUGUUUCUGCACAACCAAAGGGAUCAAAGGAGAAGAGUGCCAGCUGUGCGAAGUGGAGAAUCGAUACCAGGGCAACCCGCUCAAAGGGACCUGCUACUCUGGUACACAGGCCGGAGAGGAGAUUCCAGUGGUUUCCAAGAAUCAAGUCAAGGAAUAUAAGGACAGCUUCUCCAACGAGAAAUUUGAUUUCCGCAACAAUCCCAACAUCACUUUCUUUGUCUACGUCAGCAACUUCACCUGGCCCAUAAAAAUCCAGGUAAGACACCCCCGUAUGUUUUAUUUCAUUACUGCCGGCCGGCCGAUGUUUUAGACCAGAUUUGGCAUUUUUAUCCCCCUCCCGCGUCCUUCCCAAGGACCUGAGAUAGGAAAGAGGUUUUUUGUGUGUGAUGUUGUGAAAGAAUGGAUGCUGUUUUAAAGGCUGGAUGGAAGCUGUUCAGAGUAAAACUGCCUUUUGUGAUUCCUGAUUGUUGUGAUCAGCCAGAUGUUCAGACUGGAUUUGGCUUUUUUUUUUACAAGUUUUCUUGAAUUUUUCUUUUUCUAACAUACAUACUUUAUGGACAGAGUGUUUACCAGGCCACAUCUUAUACAUCGCAUUUAUAAUCAUAGUUUUAUUGUAUUCUAAUCUCCCCACUUUUAUCAGUAUUUAUCUCUUUUAUAUAAUCCUUUGUCUUUUUCCAUCGAUUUGUUUAGUCUUACUUAUCAUUGCUAGGCACCUUUUUAAGAAAAAUCUUCAAUUAUUGCUAAUUCAUCUCAACUUAAUCA